GUUAUGUUCGUAAAUAUGAUAACGUUUUAUUUCAAAAUAUUAUGUUCAAACGAUUUCAAGUUGUACUGUGUUGUUCUACCCAGUGCUCGCUCUGACUACAAGUUACCAUUUUCUUGAUUAGGUUAAGUCUUAACACACGUAUUUACUUUUCUUAGUGAAACUUACUAUCGAAGGAUAAACUGUGUGUAGUGCGUGGGCUUGUGAUUUUAAUUUUCUGUUUUUAUACAUAGUUUGCAGAAUAAUUACAAUGGACUCGGACGAUGAAAUCCCAUCAUUGGUGACAGCUAUUACAUUGGAUCCAGUGCCUGUGACAAUUAUAACCGGUUACUUAGGGUCUGGCAAGACAACUCUUUUAAAUUAUAUACUUACGGAACAACACAAUAAAAAAAUUGCUGUCAUAUUGAACGAAUUUGGUGAAGGUGACACUAUGGAAAAAUCGAUUGCUGUUGGUGAAAAGGGAGACCUUUGUGAAGAAUGGCUUGAACUACAAAAUGGCUGCUUAUGUUGUUCCGUCAAAGAUAACGGUGUGAAAGCAAUUGAAAACCUUAUGUCCAAACGUGGAAAAUUUGAUUAUAUAUUGUUAGAAACUACAGGAUUAGCUGAUCCUGGACCUAUUGCAAAAUUAUUUUGGAUUGAUACUGAACUGGGAAGUGAUGUUCAUUUAGAUGGAAUAGUCUGUGUCAUUGAUAGCAAAAACGCAAAUAAACAUCUUGGCAACAGUUUACUUGAUGAACCUAACUUGAAUACUGUAAACCCUUCAACAAGACAAAUUGCAUUAGCUGAUAUUAUACUCAUCAAUAAAGUUGACUUAGUCGACAGAAGUACAUUGGAAACGUUAAAAACCAAGAUUAGAUCAAUAAAUGGAAGUUCUGAAAUUAUCGAGACAACAAAUAGCAGAAUUGACUUGAAUAAAAUUCUUGAUUUGAAAUCCUACUCUUCGUCAAACAGCUUAAGGGUCGACGAAAUGAUUAGAAACGUGGAAAGUUUGGAAGGGAAAACUCAUAUACAUCAAAACAUGGCUACUGUCACACUUGAAGUUCCCGAUGGUAUUUUAAGGACAUCUCUGGACACUUUUGUAUGCCAGAUCUUAUGGGAAAAUAUGCUGAAAGAUGGUCGAGGGAAUACUUCAGAAAUAAUCAGAAUGAAGUCCGUAUAUACCCAAAGAACUAACGCGCAUAUACGAUAUACCUGACACGUGACUGCCGCCAGAGGAAAUAAUAAUAAUAAUAAUAAUAAUAGAAGUGGAAGACGAGAAAACGUCUCGGUGCCGGAGGAAACAACAGUAUAUGCGUGCAGUGCAGUAGUGCACAAACGUAUACAUUAUAAGAAGGAGAACUACACACGUCUCAUAUAUUUUAUAGCAUAUAUGCAUAAUAUAUUAUGUAUAUAGCCGUGGCGAGGAGGGGGGGGGGGGGAUCGGUACACGAAAAGGAGUGGUGCCGGGUGCCGGGUUGGUAGUUUUUGAGUGCGUGAAAUUCACGCUUUCCGCACGGCCAAGUCGCCGAGUGAAACAGCGGUGGCACGUGCGGACGGAAUGCUUUUGUGGGGCUCCUACGCCUUUCGACGGGCGUCAAAAUGUUUUUAUUAAAUUUUAAAUUGCAGACUGACGUGUAUGUUUUACACGCACGCACGCCUUACAUAAUACGCGGUCAACGCUGCAGUGUGGAGUCCGCUGAAGGCAAAGAGCACACGCCGCGUAAAGUACCUAUAAUCUAUGUAUAAAAUAUAUCCACCUAUAUGCAGUCGUUUUUUUUUUUAUAAAUACGUUUUACGUACCUAUUGUAAUGAAUCGCGCAAGAGGUCUUGUCGUUUUAUAUACUAUUUGUCGCUCAUUACAUAAAUAUAUUGAUAUAUUAUAAACGUUGAGCUCGAUUUUAAAUCGCGCUGGUAUCUCUUCAGAAUAAGAUGACUAUCUUACAGGCUCUAUUUUUAAUGUUGAAAUCUAGUAUUUUGUCAUUAUAUUAUGUAUUUUACAUUACUGCGAGGUACUACUUAAAAGUAAAACUAGUAUAAUAAUAGGUAUAUUAUCUCCCUUAACUAUGGUACCUACUUGUACAGUCAAUAGCAAUUAGUAGGUAUUGCAGGUUACAGGUUUCAGUGACAAAACCAAAAGAACAAUUUUAUAGUAAAAACAGUGUUUAAAAUAUAUAUAACUCACCUGCAGAGUUAUACAUUUACUGAUAUACACCUAUUGUAAUAACCUUAGGAAGGGAGGACAAAACCAAAUUAGAAGUUGAUAAAAUACUUUGCAUUGGAGUUUUCGACUAUUACCCUUUUGGUGAAAAUCAAAAAACUAAAACAAUAGCAGAUAAAAAAUAUUAUAUUAUUCUAACCAUAUUUGGUAUAUUUUUUUUUGCUCAGAACCAAUGCUUGUCGACUAUAUAAUAUACGAUACAUCUCCGCUCAAAACUAGUCGCUGCAGGUAUCGGCAAAAAUUAAUAGAAUUAAAAAUGCUCAAAUUGUUCAAGAUCGCGAAAUGCAAAGAUGAAAAACUCCCGGUUACAAUAUUAGUUGAUACCUACCUACUACGUAUUCAAAUAAAAUAUUAAUACUUUAAGCUGUAGCAGCUCAUCAUUGACACCACGCACCGUUUUCGUUGGCAUCAUAAUAAUAUAUUAUAGCAUGUGACAACGCCCGCCACAAAUAUUUAUACUGCACCGCAAUAUUAUCGUACGUGUUUUAUGACCGCCACCGCAAUAAUAUAUUUUUCUGAGAGUGGCGUAGAAACCUGGAACAAUAUAAUAUAAUAAUAUGCAUAUAAAUAUAUUAUUAUAUAGUAUAUUAUAUAUUAUAUAUA